GGUGCGGCGCCGGGCGGGCGGGGCCGGGUUUGAAUCGGCGGCGGCGCGGGCCGGUGAGUCAGCACCGUCCGUCUCGGUGCGGGUCGGUCGCCGUUGCGGGAGCUGCGGAGCGGCGUCGCGCCUCCCUCCGUUGUCCCUCGCCUGUCGCGGCCACCCCAGCUCUCUGGAUGCCUCCGGGCCAGGGCAGAGGUCGUUGGGGGCCUCAGCACCCAUCACUACCCCAGGCUGCUCACCCGACCUCUACUCCCUACCCUGUCCCUACCCCCCUCCCUGCCCAGCACACCUCCCAAGCCCCAUCAUCCAGACAGUUUUGUCAUGACGCCCCCACAGCAACCGCCGCCUCUCCAGGUAGAGCCCAGAGCACCGAGGAACUCGACUCCAGCUCACAGCUCCCCGAAGCUUAACGAUGGCCCUGGGAUCAUCUGGGAUUUAGUGACCAACAGCUUCACACCCAGCUUGUCAUCCCCUGCCCUGAGUGCUGGCCCCAUGGGUUCCAUUAACAGUGGCGGUGGCAGCACGGAGCUGGCCUGGGUCCAGCGCCAGCUGGAUGAGGCUCGAAGGAAGAUCCGGCGCUGGGAGGAGUCAUGGCAGCAGGUGGAACAGGCCUGUGAUGCUUGGCAGCGGGCUGCUCGGGAGGCCAAGGAGCGCGCACUGGCGGCCGACAGUGCACGGCAAGUGGCCCUGCAGAAGAAGGAGGAGGUGGAGGCCCAGUUCCAGCAGCUGCAGAAGGAGCUGAAGUGCCGUGGCCUUGUGGCCUCGCUCCCCGAGCUGCGUGGCUGCGGGGACAUGGGUGACAUCCCCUUGCCCCAGCUGCAUUCCCUGCAGAAUCAGCUGCGCCUGGACCUAGAGGCAGUGGACGGGGUAAUCUUCCAGCUCCAUGCCAAGCAGUGUGCCGCGUGCCGGGAACAUGCCCAGGACUCUGUGUCGCACCGUAUCCUCUGCGAGCCAUGCACCGCCGAGUGCCCCUGCUGCGCCAGCCAGCCUCUGCCCUGGUAACCAUCACUACACGCCCAAUACAACCGCAGCAACAGCCCUCGGAAGGGCCACAUGGCACCCCACACCUGACAGCCCUGGGUGGUGCUACCCCAACACUGUGACCUUGCUCUGGGCUCAAGGUCAGACAGAGACAGAUGUUCCCAACUGCUCCUGGCUGUGGCCUUGAAGUGGCUGUGAACAAGAAAGUGUUCUGUGCUGUGAACAAGAAAGUAUUUCCUGUC